GUGCUGUGGGUUUUGAGGACCGGAAGCAAAUACUUGUGGGGACUUCUUGGGCCUGGUGGUGGAGGAGGUGGUGGAGGUGGAGGAAGGGCAGAAGGAGGUGGCGCCGGCCUCUCCAGCAAGCCAGCCACCUGUCAGCUGCUGCACAUCCCACUCCCCGCACAUCCCCCCUCACCUGCAGGCUGCACAGCCACCGCGGCCAGGGAGCCUCUGGCUGGAGACUGCGGGGAAGGGGAACUUUGUGUGUGAGUGUGUGAGUGUGUGUGUGUGUGUGUGUUUGUGGGGUGAUGGGGAAGUGGAACUGGGUGAGGGAGGGGACAGCGUCAUUUCCUCCGUGACGUGUCAGAUGAGUGACUCUGGGGACCUGCCUCCUUCCUCCUGGCAGAGUUUUUUUUUUCAGGUGGGCCCGGGGGUGCUGGGCCUCACCUGCCUGCUCUCCUUUCCCUCAGGUCUCAGGUAUGGCGCUAACUGUGGAUGUGGUGGGACCAGCACCCUGGGGCUUCCGCAUUUCCGGAGGCCGGGAUUUCCACAUGCCCAUCGUGGUGACCAGGGUGACUGAACACAGCAAGGCCCAGGCUGCUGACCUCCGGCCUGGUGACGUCAUCGUGGCCAUCAAUGGGGAGAAGGCAGACAGCAUGCUUCACGCGGAGGCCCAGAGCAAAAUCCGCCAGAGUCCCUCACCCCUGCGGCUGCAGCUGGACCGGUCUCAGAUUGCCUCCAGCAGGCAGGCCAAUGGGGAUGGCUCCUUGGAAGUGUCGGCAUCUCGCUUCCAGGCUGGCCAGGGCCGCGCUGGCGACUCCGCGGUGCUGGUGCUGCCUCCUUCCCCGGGGCUCCGUUCCUCCAGCCCCAGGUUCAGCUCAGACUCCGGAGGGGCAAGCCACCUCCUGGAAGAAGACUCCGAAGUUUUCAAGAUGCUUCAGGAGAACCGGGAGUCGCGCUCGGCACCCCGGCAAUCCAGCUCCUUUCGGCUCCUGCAGGAAGCGCUGGAGGCUGAGGAGAGAGGUGGCACACCUGUCUCCCUGCCCAGCUCGCUGAGUCCUCAGUCCUCCCUGCCCACAGCCCGGGCCCUGACCACUCCACCCAAGCUCCACACGUGCGAGAAGUGUGGCAUCACUAUCGCGAACCAGGCGGUGCGAAUCCAGGAGGGGCGGUACCGCCACCCCGGCUGCUACAGCUGCGCAGACUGCGGCUUGAACCUGAAGAUGCGUGGGCAUUUCUGGGUGGGUGACGAGCUGUUUUGUGAGAAGCAUGCGCGCCAGCGUUACUCCAUGUCCUCCCCGGCCCCGAGCCUCGGCUCCCAGGCCUGAGUCGGCUGCUGCCGCUGAGCCCCAUGGAAGGGGCGUGAUGGUGGCAGCUGGCAUCCUGAGAUGGUGGAACUGAGGGUGCAUCCUCACCAGGGUCCCCUGCGGGGGGCAGGCUGAGGCGGCGACCGCCUCUGAUGUCCUGGCGCAUGCGGGGACCACGUGGGGUAGAACAUGAAGAGAGGUGCAUCUCCAAGGUGCCAGGGUGGAGGGCCUUUGCUGUGUCGAGUUUCUGCCAUAUGUAGGCCAUAAAUUUGCAUACAUGGAACCAAAGAGGCGCUGUACUUCCUUCUGCUCCCUUGCCCCCUUUCCCACUCCCCAUGGAAGAGGCUCGCUUGCCCCUACUUUGGGGUUUAGUAAAGCAGGAGGUGGGGGGCGGCAGGAGGUGACCUACCUCCCCCCGGGACAGCUCCGCGUCAGCCAGCACAUAGGCCUGGGAGUUGGCCUUGCCCGGGGUGGAAACAAGAGCCAGACUGGCUGUCCCUGGGGGCAGUGCCUUGGCAUCUUGGCAUGAGCAGCCCAGCAUGCGGAGGUCCCUGCUGAGUGCACCCUGCCCAUCCUGCCCCAGCAGGCUGGGUGAUGGGCUGUGGAGGCAGCUCAGCUCUGUUUUCAACGAAGAUCAAAGCCCAGCUCUGCUGGGGCAGCUCUGUGCAAUCUGGCCGUCUUUGCAGGGGAUCUGGGCCGGGCUGACUGUGUUGUCUGCUCGGGCACCUGGCGAUAGCAUUGCCACCCUGAUGUCAUUGUCUCACCUUUUGCCUGGACGGCUGCCUGAGGACCAGCCUUGAUGUUUAUAGAGUUGAAAUCCGUCCAA